AUGGGUGCGUGUUGUACAUGCCAAACGGGCUUGAGAUACCGAGAGGCACCCACGGAUGACCAUCAUGCCAAACCAAAGAACAUCAAAUCUGAGGAUAGCAACCAAGUUAUAGCCAUUGACGAUUAUGGGGCUCGUAUAAGCUUACAAGGGUCUACAAAGUUUAUAUCCAUGUUCACUCGACAAGGACGAAAAGGGGUCAAUCAAGACGCGAUAACAGUUUGGGAAAACUUUGGUGGCAAAAGGGAUAUGGUCUAUUGCGGUGUAUUUGAUGGACAUGGUCCAUUUGGUCACAAAGUAUCGUGUUAUGUACGCGAUACUUUGCCAUCGAAACUCUCAUGGCUCUUUAGAGAUUCUGAUAUUCAUGGAAAAACUUGUUCGCAUCAUGGUCAUGGUUCUAAGAAAAAGGUGAUAAAUAUAGACGAUAGUAAAGAUCCCGUUCUUUCUUCGUGGAAGAAGAGCAUUGUGGAAUCCUUCAAAGAAAUGGAUGAAGAUCUUGAAGCAAAUAAGAGCAUAGAUAGCUAUGGUAGUGGCUCUACAUCGGUAUCUGUAAUUAAACAGGGCAAUAACUUGAUAAUCACAAACUUAGGAGAUUCUCGAGCACUCCUUUGCACAAGAAAUGGAAAUCAACUUCAUACACUCCAACUAACAGUCGACUUAAAACCUAACACUAAAGGCGAAUACGAAAGAAUAAAGAGAUGUGGUGGGAGAGUAGAACCAAUGGAACGUGAGUCGAGUGUGUUUAGGGUAUGGAUGCCGGAUCAAGAUUGCCCCGGACUUGCAAUGUCACGAGCUUUCGGUGAUUUCUGUAUAAAAGAUUAUGGACUUAUAUGUAUUCCAAAUAUAUACUAUCAUAAACUAACGAACAAAGAUGAAUUUGUUGUAUUAGCGACGGAUGGAGUGUGGGAUGUGCUAACAAACAACGAGGUGGUGAAAAUAGUCGGAUCUGUAAGGAACCGAUCAAUGGCGGCAAGAUUUCUAAUAGAUAACGCAGUGCGAGCUUGGCGACAGAAGUAUCCAUCUUCAAAAACCGACGAUUGUUCGGUUGCUAUUUUGUUUUUUAAGAAACAACGAUUUUCUUUAGCAAAAUCAGGCCCUGAAUUGAUCGAUUUAAGUGUGGAUGAUCACUAGGAUCUUGAUGCAAUGAACAACCCUAAAUCGACCGGGGAUGAUGAUGGCUUUGACAUUGCUAAAUUACCACAUUGAAGGAGAUAAAAGUUCGAGAAAGGCAACCAAGAAAGCACAACUUCACAAGUGAAGGGCAUGUGAAAGAUCGAUUGAUGGACUCAGGUAUUCGUUUGGUUUUAGAUAGAGUUCCAGAUGAUAGUGAUAUAGAAGCAAUCUAAACUCGAUGAAUAUAUGUACUUGUAGUGUAGAUGAAGAAAAAAGUGGAUUAUGAUGUGUAUACAUAGGAAUUUCACGUCGAUUUCACUUUAAUAUAAACUCGGACUUAACCGUUUUCACGAGAGAAGUUCACUCAUAUCAUGAUCGUUAAAUCAGUUAAAUAUAAUAGAAACACAUGUAACUAAGAA